AGCUGCAUUGGUUUCUUCCAAACACGCUUAGUCAGAGACUUGCCCAUUGCAGAACUGGCGGGAUGAAGGUGAAUGUGAUGACUUUGAGUGGCGAUUGCAUGGCAACUUCCUUUGACCAAUCCGACACCAUGAGGGACCUGGCACUUUGGAUCCGAACGAAGAUGGGGAUUCCCGUGGCCGUUCAACACCUGGUGAAGGACGACACAGUCUUCAAGGAUCCUUCCCUCCCGUUUCGAGAUGCCUUCCAUGGAGCUGAAGAGGUGAGUGUCACGGUUCUGAGAAGGCCAUACACAGCGAAGGAGCGUGAAGAGCUUUUCACCAGGUUGGUGCGAGCUACAGUGGCUGGGCAGGCGACACAAAUCCGUGAGCUGUUGAAGGAGGGAGCUCCAGUGAACUAUGAGCGAGCAGGUCAAGAUGUUUCAGUUUGCUUGGAGCACUGGGAAGAGCUUCCUGACCAGGUUGAGGCGCCCAAGGAGUCAGUGGAGCCCGAAGCGUCGAAGGAACCCACGGCUUUUGGAUUGACAGGUGAGGACAGCGACGAAAGCUUGGAAGAACUGAAGUCGGUUGUAUCUGGUUCGGCGUCGGCAAUAUCAGAGGAUGAGCCUGUCAAGGAGGAAGCUCCAGAAGAGGCAUUGCCUUGUGGUGGACUGAGCCCUUUGCUGAUGGCUUUGGCCACUGGGCGCGAGGAACUGGCGCGAGACUUCCGGCAGAUUGGUGCAGCUGAGCCAGACUUGGUCCCAAAGACUCCUUCGCUUCGUGCUGCGGUCACACAGCUGAACAUCGCAGACAUCACUCGGCAUCUUAUGGCUGGUGCAGACCCAGACACACAGUUGCAGAGAGGGGAGGGCAUCCGAGCCACUGAGAGCGGUACCCUGCUCCAUGCCUGUGCUGCAAACCACAAAGUGCCAGGCAUCUACGAGAUUGCGCAGCUCUUGAUCCACAAGAAGGCCAAUUUGGAUGCAGGUGAUUCUGAGGGAGACACACCCUUGGCGCACGCGCGAUACUUCAAUGCCCCCGAGCUCUUCAAGCUUUAUUCUGGCAGUGGCGCCAGCAUCGCAGGGCCCUUCUACGCACGGUGGGAAAACCACGGUGUGCAAGCCCUGCGGCAUUUGAUCCAAGUUGGUCUUCAUCAUGUUGAUGAUGAUCAGUGACAGUGAAGAAAGUGCCAGACCAUGGUUUCACAAGCCUACUGGCAAAUCAGUCAGAGUAGUAGAUAGAAUUUGGAAGCACACGACUCAUUAGCUCAGCGAAGUUGUUGUGAUUGUGCUUGCACUUUGAAACUUGCCACAUUGCACGGGUUCAGCCAGCCACGCGUUUGUCGAUGUCCUUUUCUCUUAGGUGCUGAAGAAGUCUUGUAC